AUGGCAUUAUACUACAGCUUGGUGUUUGGCUUGCUCGUGGUGGAGAUGCUCUUCUUCACCAUCUUGUCGUUGCCUUUCCCCAGAAAAGUGAGAAGAACUGUUUUGGCCACCGUUUCCAAGCCCUUCACUUCUGAGCACGUCCAAAUCAUCACGAAGUGCAUCUUUGGCUUUGUGGCUGUUCUUUUUAUCGACUCGGUCAACAGAGUGUACACUGUCACCACCGACUUGAGCGGUCCCGGCUCUGAACGUGGCAUGAUUGACAGAUCGGAGGUCCAGGCCAGAAAGUUCUACGCCCAGAGAAACAUGUACCUCUGCGGUUUCGCCUUGUUCUUGACGCUUCUCACCACCAGAGCCUACUCGUUGGUGGCUGAGUUGGUGUUCACCAAGGAUAAGUUGGACGACUACAACAAAGAGCACGGCGACAUUGCGCCAACCGAGGGCGACAGCGAGGAGAUUCAGCAGUUGAAGAAGGAGUUGGCCGCCAAGGAUGAGGAGCUCUCCACCUUGAAGGAGCAGGCCGAGGGCUUGUCCAAGGAUUACGACUCUGCUUCCCAGGCCAAGACCACUGGUGCUUCCACCAUUGAAGCCACCACCGACGAUGCCACUGUCGCCUCGGUCACUGGGUUCAAAAAGGAGUAG